AUGCGUGUCCUGCAACUCUUCGCGAUCUCGUUCCUCCUCGGCACAUCUGUCUGUGCUCCAAAUCAGACACCAAUCUCAUUUGUAUCGCAACGUGAUCUCUCUCUAUCUCAUGUAUCUGACAAUUACGACGCGCAACCUGUGUUCGAUGUAUCUGCAAUCGGCGUAUUACCGAGCACGCCCACCAUAACCCUGCAAGCACGACCGACCACUAUUUGGCGGCCUCGGUCGACCGCUGCCCUUCUACGCGCUCGACUGAGGUCUCUGUAUGAUGCGGAGGAUGAGGAGGUAGAGUGGGAGCAAGUAGAGGUACUGGGGCCGGACGUCGAGGACAAGCACACCAUCUCCCAGCUCGCCCGCAUGACCGGCAACGCCUAUGCUUUGCCCGAGCAGAAGAACUGGUACGACAUGGAUCCCGCUUGGAAUACAAGCUUUCCGUUUGGCUGGGAGGACAGCGCAGACGGCUUCCGUGGGCACGUCUUCGUCUCGUCCAUGAGCAACACCGUCGUCCUUGCGAUCAAGGGCACCACGCUCCAGGGCCCGACAUCGAAGAAGGACAAGUUCAACGACAAUCUCCUGUUCUCGUGCUGCUGUGCGCGGGUGGACCUCUCAUGGAUCUUCAGCACCGUGUGCAGGUGCUACGCGUACAAGUGGAGAUGCGACAACACCUGUCUGCGCGACGCACUCGUGCAGGACAGCCUCUUCUACAACAUCGGGGUGGGGCUGGUGAACAACCUGACCGACCUGUAUCCCACCGCCAACAUCUGGCUGGUGGGGCAUUCCCUCGGAGGCUCGCUCGCCUCCCUCCUGGGCACCACCUUCGGUCUCCCGUCUGUCGCAUUCGAGUCGCCAGGCGAGCGCCUGGCUGCGCAGCGCCUCCACCUCCCGCUUCCGCCGUCCUCCGACUCGGUGACCGCCUACGGCUCCGCACCCGUGACGCACGUGUACCACAACGCCGACCCCAUCCCACAGGGCGCGUGCACAGGCCCGUACUCGCUCUGCACGCAGGCGGGGUACGCGCUGGAGACGCGGUGCCAUCUUGGGCGGUCGAUCGUCUACGAUACGGUGGGGAAGCUCGGAUGGCGCGUCGACGUUGCUACGCACCGAAUCGCGCAAGUCAUCACGAAGGUGAUUGAGGCGGACUUGGACAGCGGUUGGGUGGGGGAAGAUGGAAUAGAGAGGGAGGUGCCUAUUGCCAGAGAGGAGGUCGACUGCGUGGACUGCUAUAAGUGGGAAUUUGGUGACUACAAGUGUCAUGGUCUGCACUGUAACGCAUCGUAA